UCGUACCCGGAGCCUCGGAGAAUAUGUACGCACGUCCUCGGCGGAAAAGCGUCAGGAUAUGUUGAAGCAAAAUGGCAAAUACCCCGCGGGACGAGCCCCCGUGCAUGCGCCCACGACGUGCGUCCCUUCCCAUUCCCAUUCCCCUUCCCCUUCCCGGCCGGCGCCUUGGAGUCAAACAGCAAACCAAAGAUCAAUUUCCAGACGGAAGCCGAAGAAGCAAAUUCGAUCGCGUUCCCAAUCAAUUACUAUCUCAUCUCCCAUAUAUAUACCGGCCGGCGUGUGAUCCAUUGAUAUUACCAAUGAUCAUGUCGCGCGACGAGGAGGAGGGCGUGGUGGACCUCUGGGCGAUGGCCGCGGAGCUGGAGCGCCACUUCGCCGGAUACAAGCACCGCCUCGCACUCGCCGGCAACAACGCCGUUGUUCCCGACGUCGAUGUCGGUGCGUGCGCGAGCAUCAACGGCGGCGAUACGGAAGAGGAAGACGGAGGAGAUGUGAGGCCGGGCCGGAUGUACGAGGCGUACACGAGGCGGAGGGACGAGCGGCUGCGCUCCGGCUGGCGGGCCCGCAUGGAGCGCAAGGAGGCCCAGGUCAUGGCGCUCCUGGCCCAGCUCGACUCCCGCGGCGGCGGCCCAUCUACGACACCGGCAGCGGCAGACGACGGCGGCACGGCGCUUCUCGGAGAGCAGGAAGCCGAAGAGGACGACGAGGGCGAGAAGCGACGGAGCUCCGACGUGGCCGCUCCGGGCAGGGUCUCCGGCAAGAAGCACGCACGCACCACCAGGAGGAGCUUCUCUUCGACCAGCCUGAAAAGCGUCGUCGAUGUCGGGAUACGCCGCGCGCUGUCGCAGGAAGCGCCGGGCGCUGACGGCGGUACCAGCAGCAAGAAGCACAGCCACAGAAGCCGAGCAGUGACCGGCGGCGCCGCGACGAGAGGCAAGGCGUCGUCGUCUUCGUCGUCGUCAGGGAGCAAGAAGGGCUCGGCGAAAGAGCACGGCGGCUCCCUGAGGCCAGCCGGCCUCAAGCCGCCGCGUGGCUUCGUCCCCCGCCGCUGCAGCUCCGGCGGCCUCGAGGGGGUCGCCCGGGACAGGGAAGAAGCUGUUCUGAUGCCGAUGCCGAUGCCGUCGCAGAGCUGUUCGAGCCAGCAGGUUGAUCUCGGCCAUGAUGGGGAUUAUCAGAAGGCUUCUUCUUCUUCCCCAGAGCCGGUGGCCAGGAUUGGCAAUGGCACAGAGAACGCCUCCUUGCCGGAAGAAGAUUGCCACGAGGGAACGAGCAGUUCUGCAGUUGAAGACAGCGGUGAAGCUGAAGCGGAGCCGGGGAUUGUCGAGGUCGACGUGGAGAAGCGCGAUGCCGCCGUGGAGGAGAUCACGGCACAGCGGUCUCCCGAGGCGAAGCUUGGCAAUAACGGAGAGAUGAUCACCAGCGACUCGGAGACCGAACCGAGCUACGUCUUCAUCAAGAAGAAAGCGGCCGUCGUCGAGGAGGAGGAAGCCAUUGCCAUGAGGCAUUCUGAAGCUCUGGCCGUUUCAGAAUCAGAUGCCAUACCAGUACCACACCUCAAGGUCCAUGGCGACAAUGGCAUGGCCAGUGCGGCACCGACGGCCACCGCGGACAUGGCAGCAGAAAGCACAGCGACGAGAGAAACCUCCGCCGACACCGCGCCCACGAGCAGAAGCUCUCGGGAUAGGAGGACUCGGUCCAUCGAGAGGCUGCUCGAAGCGGACGCCGCGCUGCUGCGGAGGAAGCGCCAGGAGUCGUCGGGGAACGCCGCCGCCUCCGCCGGGAAGAGCUUCGACCCGCCGACGACGCCGGGCAGCGCCGGGAGCAGGCAAGCCUCUGGCGCGUCGCCGAGAGGGGCAUCGAUGGGGUUCAAGAAGAGGUUCCUGAACUUCGGGAAGAAGAACACCAGAGGCAACAGGGAGACGGCUGCGGUCGGCAUUGAUUGCACGUCGCCGUCGACGCCGGUGACUCCUGUUGACGACGGCGCGGGCGGCGGACGGUGGCAGGCCGCCGCCUCCGAAGAAACAGAUCACGGCGCCUAUGCCGCCUCGCCGCCGGCAUGCUCUUUGCAAAGCCUCGUGGCAGCUUCCCCUGCAAAGUCUGAACUGGGUGACAUAGUUCCACAAGAGAAAUCACCAAGAGCUCAUCGUUCAUUCUUUUCGCUUCGAUCGUUCAACUGUAGCAGGAGCUGAACUGAAGAAAAUGUGAUGCAGUCGGAUUUGUAAAUUUUAGAAGAGAAAUUUGGAAAGUGAAUGGGUGGUUCUGCCUGAAGUCUUCUGAAUUUCGUGCUUAUCUAUGAUCUGUCUCGGUGUUAUCUGUUUGCAUUCUGUUCGCAUGGCAGUGAAAAGAGAAAACUGUAUAUACAAUGUGUUGUGCUUGCCUGCUGGUUAAUCUGAAGAACGGGAGGUGCACGUCGAAACAUAAUUAAAACAUCGUAAAUCAUAUUUUUUAAGUGUCAAAUAAUUAUUAUGAAAAAAUACACAUGUACAUGGAUAUGUGAUAUGUGCCUGCAAAAUUUAUUGUUAAUUGUGAGCUA